UCGCAGAAGCAUAAAGAGAUAACCAGAGUUCAUUUGAAUGUAUGCGUGUGACCAUUUAGAGAAAUGUUAGGCUAAAGAUAUGCCUUAAGCAAACUGCUUCAUUCUGGAGGCGUGCUAUAAAACAGCCUGUGGGACUCUGACGGUCGUACACAGUACAGAUUGACGAGUUGGAUUGUGCUGAAGGAUCUUCUGUGAAGGUUAUGUGUUCAGCACCAUAUGCUAAGAGUUCACAAUGCCUGAAGAUAUUUGAAAAUCUGGAAGUUCAGGAGAGUGUUUUUGAUUCCCGUGGAAUCUAUAGGACGUUUGGCCUCCUUGUUUUUAAAAAAAUAUAUCACCCAACUACAGAAGGUGCAGAUCCAGAAGAAGACCUGGGCGACCAGUGCAUUAGAGACCCACUUUUGUUACGAUGCCCGUACAAGCGCCACAAUGGACGGAGUUUCUUUUGUGUCCCAUCUGCACGCAAACGUUCGAGGAGAAUGUGCGCAAGCCUAUCAGCUUGGGCUGCGGCCACACAGUUUGCAAGAUGUGUCUGAACAAGCUGCACCGCAAGGCCUGCCCCUUCGACCAGACCACCAUCAGCACAGACAUCGAGCUGCUACCAGUCAACACUGCCCUGCUGCAGCUGGUCUGUGGUCAGGUUCCCAAGUCCCAGCCUGUCACCUUAGUGAGAGGAGCAGAGGACACCAAGCAUUAUGAUGAAGCACGCACCUGUGUGGAGGACCUGGCUCUCUACCUCAAACCCCUCAGCAACACCAGAGGUGUGGGGCUGGGCAGUGUGACCCAGAGCCUUCUCAGCCGGCCCAUGCAGAGGAAGCUGGUGACCCUAGUGCACUGCCAGCUGGUGGAGGAGGAGGGUCGUAUCCGGGCCAUGCGUGCUGCUCGCUCUCUGGGCGAACGGACGGUCACAGAGCUCAUUCUGCAGCACCAAAACGCCCAGCAGCUCUCUUCAAAUCUAUGGGCUGCCGUUCGUGCUCGAGGCUGCCAGUUCCUCGGCCCUGCCAUGCAGGAAGAAGCUCUGAAACUUGUCCUGCUAGCAUUGGAGGAUGGCUCAGCCCUUUCCCGCAAGGUUCUGGUUCUGUUUGUGGUUCAGAGGCUGGAGCCCCGCUUCCCUCAGGCCUCUAAAACCAGCAUAGGGCAUGUGGUGCAGCUGCUGUACAGGGCCUCCUGUUUUAAGGUGACGAAGCGAGAUGAGGACUCGUCCCUGAUGCAGCUGAAGGAGGAGUUCCGCACAUACGAGGCUUUGCGGAGGGAGCAUGAUUCUCAGAUUGUCCAGAUUGCCAUGGAGGGAGGCCUGCGCAUUGCCCCUGACCAGUGGUCCUCUUUACUGUAUGGGGACCAGUCCCACAAGUCCCAUAUGCAGUCCAUCAUAGAUAAGUUGCAGACCCCAGCAUCCUUUGCUCAGAGUGUGCAGGAGCUCACCAUUGCUCUGCAGAGAACAGGAGACCCAGCCAACCUCAACCGCCUCCGACCACAUCUAGAGCUGUUGGCUGACAUCGACCCCAGCCCAGAUGCUCCUGCACCAACAUGGGAGCAGCUUGACAAAGGACUAGUAGCUGUAAAGACUGUGGUACAUGGCCUAGUGGACUUCAUCCAGAACUACAGCAAGAAGGGAGGAGACCCACAGCAGGCACCUCAGCACAGCAAGUAUAAGACCUUCAUGUGUCGAGACAUGAAACAGAAAGGAGGCUGUCCCAGGGGAGCGAGCUGCACAUUUGCCCAUUCCCAAGAAGAGCUGGAGAAGUAUCGCAAGAUGAACAAGCGACUUCCCACUAGGAAACCCCUGAGUCAGUCGCUGACACAGCUGAAUGAAAUGGAUGUUGUUUGCCCCCCAAGCCUUCUUUCUGACGAGGGCUUGGUUGUGGAGGGACUGCCCCACAAACCUGGCAUUGUCACCAAUGGCAUCAUACCAGUUGGCCCUGGAACGGGGCUCCUGGUCUCCAGGGGUUCGGAUCCAUUGUACGACCCAGCAUGCAAGCUGGGAAAGCCAGACACGGGUAGCCUCAGUGCCCCAGGAUCACCUCCAGACUCGCUGGACCCCAUGCCUAAGGUGGUGAUGCCUGCGCCUCCUCACCCUAGAGUGACGAGAGAGAGUCUGGCUAGUCAUAAACACAUUUCUGCUGUCUCCAGAAUUCAACAGAUACCUCAGUACCCUCCACAUCAGCCUGAGGGUUAUUACUCUGAAUCAAGACCGCAUCCGUCUGCCUCCCAGUACGAAUCCUCACAGUAUCCUACAGGGAACACCUAUGCUUACCAACACAUGCCUCGCUACGUCCGCAACCCCGGCCCCCCUGCCGACCCAGGCUUGUCACCCUAUCCAGACACCUAUCCUCUUUCCUAUGCUGCAGAACGCCAGUACCCCACCCCACCUUCUGACCCUCGAUAUGGCUACCCCCCACACCAUGAUGGCCGUCGCCACCAAGCUUAUGGAGGCCACCCUCCACAGCAGUCUUAUGCACGGGAUGAGCUGGGGCACAGGAGUCCAGUGCCUAUAGAUGUGCCCCCACCACCGCAGCCCCAAACAGCAGGAGCGUCCUCCUACCUCCCAGACUCAUCGCGGGACAGAUAUGGGCCUGAGAUGUACAGCCACCACAGUCAGAAUAGGUCUUAUGGCAGGAGUGCUUACUCUCGGCCGCAGACCACCCUGGAUUACCUGCACCGGCGAAGAAAAGAGAUCAUGGCACAGCUGGAGGAGCGUAAAGUUGUCUCCCCUCCUCCCUUUGCCUCCUCUCCAAACCUGGCCCAUCCUUAUGAUCCCAGCUAUACCCAAGACGUCAGGGGACAAAACCAUCAGUACAUGGAAGAGAAUUCUCCUGCUUUUGAGAACUUCAGGGAGCCAGACUGCGCUGCUCAAUUCUCUCCGUGGUCAUGUGACACUUUUGUCCCCUACAUUGGUGCCAAGGAUAUGAAAUCCAAAGAGGCCCUGGUCACAGGCUACAUGGAAAUGCAGAAUGUAGACAAGGGCCUGAGAGAUCCUGCCCUAGAGCUGCAGCGCAGAGCACCUGAGGUCAAAGACGAUGACCCCAUCAUUCCGUUUGGAUCACUGCCCACUGUUUCGCGCUUUGGAGCCAUCUCGCGCACAUCCAAAUCGGGCUAUCAGCCUGCUGGUCUGGUGCCAGGCCCCCAAGCCAAACACGCUGCCACUGCAGUUGAUUAUAGCUAUGGAAAUCAGGGAGGGUGGAGUGAAGCCUCCUAUGUGCAGCAUCAGACCACGCCAUCUCAGGGACACUUCAGUGAGCGUCUGCCCCCUGCUGGUCCAGAUAGGGAACAGCUGAGGAUGGAGCUUCAACAGGUCAAUAAACAGAUCACCCAGCAGACCCGGUCCAUGGAGAACUCCAGCAAUGUGGUGGCUUUGCAGAGGGAGCCUGGCUUAGCUGCUGGUCAGCCCACUCCAGUGGAGUGGUCAACAGCUGGAGUGUCUAGCGAGCAGCUGAGCCUGGAGCUACACCAGGUGGAGCGAGAGAUUGGCAUGAGGACGCGAGAGAUGGCCAGAGAGGGUCAUGUAGCCCCUGGCAUGAAGUACAAGCUGGUUGCUGCCAGUGAAAAUGGCCAGAGUGACCGCAGUUUGCAACGAGAGGAGCACCGACUAGCCCUCAGUGAGGACUCAAAUGGUUCGAGUUCGGUGAUGCAGGACUGCGGUUUGGGCAGCAGUAGCAUGUCCUCCCUGACCAGCAAGACUUCCUCACUCAGCCUGUCGUCUGAUCUGGUGGCCAGCAGCCCAGACCUGUCCAAGAAUGGGGUGGUUCAUACAUGUUCCUAGCCAUUCUCUUUGUCUUCAGCUACCUUCUGCCCAAGAAUUGUUUUGUCCACCUCUUCUCCUUCUUAGUCUGUGUUUAUCUUGCUCGCUCCUUGGUAUCACCACUUCCACCCAUUGUACGCAGACUUUUGGUAGCCUGUCUUCUCUCCCAUUCACUCAGCAAAGCCACAGUACAUUACCCUUUCAUGCUCCCACCAUCCAGCAUGCUCCUACUCUUACUGGAUGACUUCUUUUUGCUGCCGACACAGUAUUGGAAUGUUGUACAUUCCAUAUUUUGCAUGAUAAGGGCUAUGUAGGCAAAUCUGGAUUUGAAAAUGACCACUAUCAGAAUCAGUUAAUAUGGAGUACCUUUAACAAGAGAGACUUGCAGAGUCAGACCUACAUUUUUUAAUAUAGAAAUGAGCAGUAUCUGCCACUUCACUUAUUUUACUUUUUUUGUUCUGUGAAUGAUUUUUUUUUUUCAAUGUCAGACUAUUUCUCUUAUUGCCUUGGAAGCCAGGGUAUCUGAGAAACAUUGGUUCAGAGUUGCAGAGUUGCAUGUGAUUCUUCCUCUCUUUGUACAAGGUGAUGUUACUUCAAUGCUACCUAUUCCAGAUGUUAAUUGUGUGUAACUAAUGCACAAAACGCUUGUUCAAAAUAGCAACUCAUACCCCAGGUUUUUUUUUUUUUUAGACAAACCGAGACAGUUGUUGUGAAUAAUCUUUCAGUUAGUUUAGUACUAUAGAGUUUGGAAAUGUAGCUUCUUCAAACAUUCACUAACAUAUUGCACCUCUUAGUAUGAGUAGUGACUAAUCAUUAGGAUAUUUGGUUGCUAUACCUGCUGUGUUGGCCUACCUGGAGAAAUGUAGCCAAAUUCGCCUGGACCCAUUUUAUUUUGGUGUAAUUUAGUCGUACUUUUGUACUGCAGGGGCUGAGCGUCCAAAACUUGUCAUUUUUGUUCAAAGGUGUUUAGAAACAGGUCCUUAUGGAGAAAGCUGGAAGACCAGUCACCUUUUGUAGCCUAAUUUUUCCUGUUGUGUGGGUUUUUUUUUUUUUUUUAAAACGUACACUAAUAUACUUCUCAGCUUUAAUUUGUGAUCAGCUUUAACAGUGAUAUGUACAUGCUUCAUCCUGAGGAUGGAAAAACAGUCUAAGAGACAAAAUAUAAGGACACAUUCUAUUUUAUGAAUGUUUAUACAUUCUCUUUUCACUUCAUCAGUGAAAUCCUUGAUCUACGUACAGAUCUACAUACAGAUCUUUCAGCAAAAAUGAUAAUGUUGGUCCAACAUUACGUUUAAGGUGCUGCUCUGGUGUGGCCUUUUUCUCCUGCCCCUCUGAAACGGUUUACUUGUUUUUACACAGGUUAGGACACAGAUUGCUCUAUAAAAUUGCACAUAGUCUGAGACGACUGUUCUAAUCACCUCUGAUCAAACUGAAAAGGACUUUGUUUUUUUGUUUUUGGACUUUGUUGUUGUUUUUAACUUCUGUGAAGUUGCUGGAACAUUUUGAUUGGCAAGUUAAUCAUUUCUCCAGAGAGGCCACAGUGGGGAUUUGGGUCUAAUGCACCUUGUACAGGCUCAGAGGCUGUCCUUGUGGCUUGCUGGUGAGUUUAUUCAGGUGUGUUGGGUCAAGCAAUCCAUGAAAAUGUGCUAAGCAGGGAGUCUGAGAUUGAGAAUAUGAGAUUAAGAAUAUGUGGUUUGAGGAGUUUCCCUUAAACUGCCUAUCCUUAGUCCACCAUUCAUUCGUUGUACAAACACUGACUCUGUGGAACAUGUUGUGAAGGGACAGGUGGUGUCACAAUCUAAACAGCAGGGCUACAACUUAGAACUCUAACUACUAAUGUGACGUUUCCUUCCAAAGUAUGACAUUGUAGUAAAGACUUUGAGUAUUGCAGGUGGAUUUUGUAGCAUUGAUGAACAUUCAACAGAAAGUGAAUUAUGUACAGUACAUUCUGUCUUUUGGAUACUAUAUGACAACAGCAUUUGUUUUUACUAUACUCUGACAUUCAUCACUUAAAAAGAAAUGGUUUACCAAAAAAUCAGUUUUAGAAAAUGUUCCCCCUUGUAGGAGUUCAUUUAAAGUUUUCUUCUUUAGUGGAAUCUUGAGUGUUUCUUUUUUUCUUGCCAUGACUUUUUUUUUGUUGUUUAAAAUAGUUGAGAAAUUCAAAAACAUUGUUUAUUCUCAGGAUCACUGC